AGUUUGAUUUUAACAUUCAACGUUACCUUUAACAAAAUUGCCUGUUACGUUUGUUAGUGCAUUGCAUUGUGCAAAAAAAAUUAAAAUAAUAAUAGGAACAAAUAUUUGCAAAGCAAUAUGAUUAAAAACUUGUUAAUACUCGUCACUUUAUCUGUUCUAUGUGUGGCACAAGAAUAUGAAGACUAUCAACCCGCCGUAAGACAUUCUUCCGGGUCUUCACGUUUCAGCUCUCAGCAACAAGAACAACCCAAACAAGAACCAGUUGCAAUCUUGAAACAAAUCAAUCGUCAUAACGAAGAUGGAAGCUACACGUACGGUUAUGAAGGCGCCGAUGGAAGCUUUAAGAUCGAAACAAAAGCUGCAAAUGGUGACGUCAAAGGAAAAUAUGGAUACACUGAUGGAGAUGGUAAAGUAAGAGUUGUCGAAUACGGUGCCGAUAAAUACGGAUUCCAACCGAGUGGCGAAGGAAUCACGGUUGCUCCAAUAAACUACAACGACGUUAAAGAUGCUGAUUAUGAAGAUGAACAACAACAAUUCGUUGCACGACAAAAACAAGUUUCAAAAGCCCCCAGACCGCAAUCAUUCAACUACGCGCCAGCAAUAUCUGAGAAGAGAAAGUUGGCUCCGGCUCCAGCUCCCUCUGCUGUUCCUCAAUAUUACGAAUAUGAAGAACAAGCAACACCAAGACCAGUUCAAGUUGUCCGACCAAAAUACGCUUUACCAGUCCCUGCACGUCCACAGCAAUUCAUAAAUGAUGAAAGUUACUCAUUUUCCCCUCAACAGCCCGCACCGAAACCAGUAGAACGUUUCCAACAAAUUGAUAAUCGUCGACCUGCUCAAUUCCCAUCACAAACUGAAGCAAUCGCACCACAAAUCGCAAAUCGAGCACAACAACAAUUUUCUCUCUUCUCACCAGCUUCACGAUCUGACAGUUUUACUAGCAAAUUCGAACAAUUUGUCCAAGAACCAGCUUUCCAAUAUAAUGCACCACAGCCUCAGUCACCACCACAACCAGCUCCACAACCUCAACAAGUGCCACAGCCAUCUUUCCAAACAUUCCAAAGAACAACAUUUGCAUCAAAACCAGCUCAAGCACGUGUCACAAGUGUCUUAGAUCAACUAGCAAAAGAUCCAAAUUACAUUCUUCCCCAGAGUUCACCAGCUUUGCACGACAUCUCUUUUGGUUACUCUUUGUAAAUUUGAAUGCUAGCAAAUUUACUCUCACACAUGUUUACACAUUAUUUAUUCGCAUGAGAUAUCCAUAAAGUUAAUAAAUCUUUUCUACAUCAAUGCAUGGCUUUCAAGAUUCGCAUAAUUUCGUUGUUAGGCUGAUUAAAUUUUUAGAAUUCAAUAAAUGAUGCUUGUUAAGAAU